CGUGAAAAUUACUAUACAGUGUAGACGUUAUACACUAUACAGUAUACACAGUAACUAGGUAGUCAUCGCAAUUGCGGAACCACGGCUUCCGUCUCUGAAAAUGAAACUUGCAUGCGCAAGAUGCAAAACGAAGAAGAUCAAGUGCGACAAGGCAGAAGGCGCAUGCCACAACUGUGCCAUGGCCCAGGCCAACUGCGUUUACCUUGAACGCAGGCCGAAGCCCCGGAUCAUGCAGAACAGCGUUGGCACCCUUAGUCGACGCCUUGAGAUGCUGGAGGCUCGUCUACGGAGGACGGAAGGCGCUGCCACUGCUCCUCCAUCCAGUGAUUCUCCUAGCCUUAGCCAUUCAACGUCGCCGGCUGGAUCCGAGCCUUUUCCUGUCAGCGGUUUUUCUCAUGCUAGUAACGAAAAUGACUCCUUCAUCUACGACCUUGCGAGCCAUGCAAAGCACACGUUCGAACAAGCCAACGCAUCUCGCCAUGCCAGCUCAGUAUGCACACCAUCCCUCCCGGGCGCAGACAGUGCAAUACGUGACUUGAGCGACGCUUUGGAGCAGCUCGCAAAUCUCAAGGUUCGAGCCAACCCAAGCGAACCUGGCUGCCAUGAGCUCUCUAUCUCACGAGACAUAGCAAAGGCUUCCGUCAAGGACUUCCUGGAUUCUCUUUCCUUUCUAUUCGAGCCUGGAUCCACCGCAGGGCCUUUUGAUGUGUCCAUUCUGCACUUCAUGCCCGAGAUCGUACAAUCGCCCCAUGUGCAGAUCGAUCCAGUCAUGCGCGUGCUGUACUACAACGCUUUGUAUUUCGGCUUGCACCGGCAAAGUGUCGGACAGGUUCAGGAGCAAGCACAGGCAGCCUACUACAAAUGUCUCGAAGCCGUUCCGCAGUGGCUCCAUGUUGCACGAGGGUCGAUUCCAGAUGUAUUCACGGCCUGCUUUACGACUUGGCUCGCCAUUAAUAAUUUUGACUAUCAGCUGGCGUGGAAAUUCCACUGCCAGUCAUGUCAAUUUGUCACAGCUGCGGGUAUCCACCGUCUAGAUAUGCUACCUGCCCAGAGCCACGAAGAAGAAGAUCAGCGCAAUGCGUUGCGCUGCAUUUACUGGCAUGUUCUACAGACCGACUUCCUCUUCAGGAUGUCUUAUGGGAAGCCUUCAGCCCUUCCACGAUCUACAGACACAGUCAAUCCGCCAUCACUCCUUACUAGAGCCGCACCACACCCCAGCCGUUCAUCCACUGCCCUCUACGUCGUUUGGUUUAGAUGUACCCUCAUGACCAAGGAUCUGUUCAAACUGAUCGACAGUCGUGCGCCUGGCGACACCUCCGACGACAUACCUCGAGAGGUGGAUGAGUACUGCAGGAAACUUGAAGAUUUGCUUGCUGAGUGGGACCUUGAAGGGCUCGCAAAAUCUCCUUCUGAGUCGUCUGCAUAUGCCUACUUACUUGCCGAUCUUGCCAUCACCAUACAUAUGAGCAUCAUGGGCGUCAAGCGCAUGAUGCGUCGGCCCCAGGAUAGGCAGACAAGCGAUAGCGUCUCAUUGAGAGCUGCCAGGAACAUUGUGGGCUUGAUCUUACACUUCAGCCCACAGCCUUCCACCAUGAUGUGUGAUACAGUGGGCUUUGCCUUCACGCACUUCAUCAGCUUUUACCCGUUUUGCGCCGUGUUCGCCUUAUACGAGCAUGUCUUCACUUCUGCGGGCUCAAAAGAAUGUGAGGCAGAUAUUCAAGCUCUCGAACGUAUCGGAGCUGUCAUGGAGCGGGCUAGCAACGUACACACUGACUUCGUUUCGCUCUCUCGUAUUUUCAACUCAUUGAACAGGAUUUCAAAGAUUACACUCGAUGAUCAGCGCCGAAACGCAGGCGCAACGAGCGAGAAUUAUCCAGCAGCGGCGCCCGGCGCUCAAUCGCAAAUCUCUCGCGACCCAAUCUCCGAUAUGGAGACUGGGACUACGACAGAUCCUCAAAGCGCGCAGCAAGAGCCAAUAAUGCCACCCCUACAGGGGGUGGGUGCUCUCCAACCCAGAAUGCAAGGAAGCUACUUAUCUCACUUUCCUGGAGACGGAUCUGGAGGUUUAGAUAUUCAGAUGCAUGGGACAAUGCCAAGUUUCGAAGAUGGCUUCGAACCACUCAGUCUAGUGCGGGCUCUGGAAUCGGACAUUAUGGAGAAGAACUGGCACGAUGAGUGGUGGGAGGUUGACAAUGUGCCAUGUGACACACCAGAAAACAGCAACAUGACCUUUUGAAUCGGCUUUUAGGGAGUUUGGGGAUGGACCAACUGCAAAGGAGGUGGGUCAGGGCAUCGUGAGGUGUCAGUUGCUUGCAAUAGCCUCCACCCUUUCGGCUACAGUCUCGAGCAUGGCUGAUUAGAUACCCGGUAUCUAUGACUGAUUGUGGCGAUCUAAAAAUCUCUUGUAUUUACUAGAUACUUGUAUUUUGUAUUUUGUACUAGGUUGAUC